CAUCCUCACUGGUCCUCAAAGAUCAAAACAGCUACCACGAAGAUGAACAGACCACUGCUCCUCCUGGCUGCUCUGACUUUCUGCUGCUGCAUCACCUCUCUGCAUGGUUUUAACAUCAAUGCGUGCCGCUGCAAAUCGACGACCCUGAGACAGGUUCCUCCUCAGAUGGUCAGGAAGAUUGAGGUGACUCCCGUUUCGGGACACUGCCGCCGGACUGAAAUCAUAAUCACCACGAGGACUGGCAAGAUUUGUAUCAAUCCAGAGGCCAAGUGGUUCCCAGGCCUGCUCAACACUCUGCAAAAGAAACAGGCCUCCUCAACCUUUCAGCCACCCACUGCUUCCACACCCAACUUCUGAUCACAUGUUCAGAUGCCUUUCAUCAAGCUGUGAAUCACCUGGGAAAAAAUGACCCACCUUCCUUUUUGUUAUUGUAUUCAGCUCUUUGCAGUUUUUCUCUGGUGUUCUAAAACAAACCUGAAUGUGAUGUUACGCCUGCAAUUCUGAUAGCAUUCAUAAAUGCAUUUAAACUAGGUUACCUUACUAUUACUAUCACCUUACUAUUUUAAGGAUGAAGUAUUGGUGUACAGAUUUCACUUUUUAAAUGUUUGUAUCUGUUAGUGUUACCAUUUCUGACUGAAUGUAUUCAUACUGGCAAAUGUUUUAGCUGUGACAUGUAUCCAUGAAUGUAUUUGGACUUUUUUUAACAUAAAAAUA